UUUAUGGGAAAAAAAAAAAAAAAAAAGCGAAUGGAUCAAAAAGAAAAAACGAAAUACUGAGUAAGAGGUUUAGGAAAUAGCUAGGGUUUCUUCGUAACUUAUCCACCAACUGAAACAAAGAGAGAGAGAGAGUGAGUUAAACGAGCCGUUUACCUAUCUGUUCCCAAAAUAUAAAAGCAAAUUAGACACGGCCAUUGCCAUUGUGAAGUGUCAUCGAACUGAACAACAAUCUCAAGAAGAGGUGUACAUUAGUAAGUUGUGUGGAAUUACGAUAAGGAAGAUGAGUACUGCAGGAGAGAAAGGGUCAACAACUACGAAAACACCUGGGGAUUUCCUCAAAUCAAUUCGUGGGCGACCAGUUGUUGUGAAACUGAAUUCUGGUGUUGAUUAUAGAGGUAUUCUAGCUUGCCUUGAUGGAUAUAUGAAUAUAGCUAUGGAGCAAACAGAAGAAUAUGUUAAUGGACAGUUAAAAAAUAAAUACGGUGAUGCUUUUAUUCGUGGAAAUAAUGUACUUUACAUCAGUACAUCAAAGAGGACAUUAGCAGAUGGGGCUUAGUGUUGCAACUGCAUCAAGGAAUUAUGUCAUCUACAAGUCCUAGCGGUUCUUAUCUACUUGUUUCUAGGAUAUGAGGAUUUUAGAAAUUAUACCGUUAGACGGUACUGGAUCAUCUUACUUGAGUGAAACAAUGAAGGUUUUCUAUUUGUUCAACCUGUGUAAGAAAGUGGCAGAGAUACUUUCAUUCUAAGAUCAGUGUGUCCUUUCCGCUUCUAAGUUGCAUGUUUAUUUUAUUAAAUUGAACCAACUGUUUUUGUCUUUUAAGGAUAUGUCAUUGUUUUACUUUUAACAAA